UGUUCCCAGAUAGGGCAACUCCUCCUUUCCUUCUUCACACACCUGAGAGAGAGUACCAGGGUCCUCGCAGCACACCACAGCCUAUCUCUUGCAUGCAAAGUAACGCCCAGUAGCAGUUUGGCAAGAAGUCAGUUACUUUGGGAACCAAAUCUAGGGCGGGGAGCGCGCACGGCGCGUGUGACGGGCAGCUGACGUUUCCAACUGUCCUCUCCCGCAACGGAAGAUGCACACUGUGGAUGUUUGUAUAAGCGCUGGAGACGACCGUUUUCUGCAUUUUAUUAACGACGGCCACGCAUCGUCAGUUGCCUUGCAUCCCCACGGAACAUCAUGCGAGUAGGAGCGACGCACCCAAUGCCAUGCUGAGCAACUCCCCGACUUUUCUGCUGGCUCUGACCACCGUAGCCGGACUACUCCAGCGGUGCCACGGCUGGAGCGACGAGGACCUCCUGUUACCCCCCAUCAACUCCACCAACAGAUUCUUGGCCAACUUGGAGGUAGACGUGCACUACUCGAAGAGAUCCGAGGAGGAGAGCGAAGCCUCCUCGUCAGACACUUCGUUACAGCCGUUGCCACAUUGCAACGUCAGCGUGCAGAGACUUUUCCCCACCUCGCUGGUGGCUAGUUGGGACAACAACUUCGGUUUCCAGUGCGAUGUGUUUAUAUAUACCGCCAAUAACAAUGGAAGGGCUUUUUUCUCUGCUGCUAUCAACAGAGCCAUCUCACCUGUUCUCAUCGAACACCUCGGAGUCACCGGCGGCCAGCAGGAGUUUAGACUGUGUGUUGGAUGUGGCAUGUCACGAUACCGGCGAUUCGGCAAGUCAAAGGCUCAGCAGACGGGGGAUCCCAUCAAUUUCUGCUGUGUUGACUUCAGCCUUGACGAACUAAAUGGGGACAAAAGUUGGAGAUUGAAUCGUAAACCCAUCGAGUCAACUCUUGUGGCUUGUUUCAUGACUCUAGUGAUAAUAGUGUGGAGUGUUGCUGCCCUCAUAUGGCCGGUGCCUAUUAUUGCAGGAUUUCUGCCCAACGGAAUGGAACAGAGACGGCCGAGAUAAAGAAUGAUCAAAUUCUGGAGAUAAGCCCCCAAGCCAAUAGGCUAAAAAUACUGUAGAAUACAUAUUUCAACGUUUUUUUUCACAUUCUACCCGUAUAAAUAUAUGUCCGUUUCCAAUUUUACCGUUUAGAAUGAAAGAGUAUUUUUGGUUUUGGUCUAUUUCCUAUUGAUAGGCCUUCACUAUAAGAAGACCAAUAGUUUUAAAGAUAGGUUGUGGUAUUGUAAAUCUAGCCUCUGUAUUACAUGGUCUAUAUAAUAGGUGCCUAUGUAGAGUGUGUUAACAACAUUUCACUGUAAACAGUGUUCGUAUGGUUUUAAAUCUUUGUAGGAUUAUUGCCUAUGGCCCUGGCAUUGGUGUAGUGGUGCCUGAAGAAGUGGGUAUACUCUAAUUUUGCCAAAAAUGUCCCAAACGGUCCGCCCAGCAAAGGAAAGGUGCCCUGUGUGAAAAAUUCUAUGAGAAACAGUGACAUACAUUCUGUAUUACCUAAAAUUAUAUAUUCCAUAUGGGUCUUUCACAGUCAGACCAACCCAAGCUGUACUGUGCAAGUAGGCUAAUUGUAGACAGAUCUAUUUAUUUAUGUUCAGAUUUUCACUCUCAAAGUCACAAUUUGUUUUAUAGAAAAACAACUAAAUUGGAUGUUCUACGUCCAUAAAAAUGCUUUCAAAGUCCAUAACAAUGUCCAUAACAAUACCACAUCAGGAGACCACUUUUGAGCUCUGGGAAAUAUCUAAGAUAAACUAUUUUUGUGUAGUUGCCCUUUAAUAAUUCCAGUGUGAUGGCACCUAGCACUGUUGUUUGUUAGUGGUGUUUCUGUAGGACGUGAGAUGGAAUUUGCAAAACAAAUGGCCACUGGAUUAAUGCAAAUAAUCAUCAUAUCAUUCUGCCAUGUGGGCAUAGGCUACUUUGUAGCUAGUUAACAUUUCCCAGUUUUUGGGGAAACCUUUCCAUCUACCAGAAGACGGCUUAUUGUUAGCAUCACUAUAUUUUUCCUGUUUACUUAAUUGUUUGAAACCUAGAUGUUUUACUCCGUAUUAUGAGGCAUGCCUUAGCAUUUCUUCAAUGGAGCCUAUAGCCAAAAUCCCACCAUAGAAAGGAGGAGGCAAUUAUUUGAUAAAAACUUCCUCAUAUGCAUUAUCCUGUUCUUUCAACUUUAUUUCAUUGUCUAGCAGCCAAGUACAUUAUCCUAUUCAUAUUAGCAACUGAUGAAGGUUGUUGUAUCUUUAGAUCUCCCAUAGUAUCUACAUUUCUUAUGGAUAUUUCCAUCUCCAUCCAUGAAACCUCUCACAUGUGCUGUGCACAUUUUAGAAUGGUAUUUUCCUGCUAAUUUCAUUUUGGAACAUUCCCAUGUAGGCCUACCGCCAUGUGCCCAUUGCAGCAUCUAAAAUGUGAAGAAAUAAUAGUUUAUCAACAUGUAAUUUAAGCAUGAAGAAAUACACGCAAUGCCCACUGAAACCCUGCGCAUACCCUCCGCUACACACACCACUGAAACCCUGCGCAUACCCUCCGCUACACACACCACUGAAACCCUGCGCAUACCCUCCGCUACACACACCACUGAAACCCUGCGCAUACCCUCCGCUAUACACACCACUGAAACCCUGCGCAUACCCUCCGCUACACACACCACUGAAACCCUGCGCAUACCCUCCGCUACACACACCCUCCGCUACACACACCACUGAAACCCUGCGCAUACCCUCCGCUACACACACCACUGAAACCCUGCGCAUACCCUCCGCUACACACACCACUGAAACCCUGCGCAUACCCUCCGCUAUACACACCACUGAAACCCUGCGCAUACCCUCCGCUACACACACCACUGAAACCCUGCGCAUACCCUCCGCUACACACACCACUGAAACCCUGCGCAUACCCUCCGCUACACACACCACUGAAACCCUGCGCAUACCCUCCGCUACACACACCACUGAAACCCUGCGCAUACCCUCCGCUACACACACCACUGAAACCCUGCGCAUACCCUCCGCUACACACACCACUGAAACCCUGCGCAUACCCUCCGCUACACACACCACUGAAACCCUGCGCAUACCCUCCGCUACACACACCACUGAAGCCUGCUAUUUGUUGUGUUUAUGUAGAGAGAAAUUAUAGUUUUCUCAUGAACUUGAAUGAAAAAGUGUGCUGUAAUACGUGGUGGGUAGAUCUUGUCAAGAAUAAAUGCAUAAAUGUCA